CACGUCACCGUUGCUAUGGCGACCGCGGGAGAGGCAGCGGCGCUGGUGCUGGUGGCCGUGCUGUGGGGCAGCACCGGGCCGUUCCUGCGCACCGGCGCAGCGGGGCUGGAGGGGGUUCAGCGCCGGGGCCGCCUGCGGCAGCUGCUGGCAGAGAUCCGCUUCCUGGGCCUCAACUACAAGUACGUGGUGCCGUUUCUGCUCAAUCAAGGUGGAUCUCUCCUCUUCUACCUCACCUUGGCAUCCACAGAUCUGUCCCUGGCAGUGCCGCUCUGUAACUCCCUGGCGCUGAUCGUCACGCUGGUGACUGGGAGGAUUCUGGGAGAGGAUGUUGGUGGUAAAAGGGCUGUGGCAGGAAUGCUGCUCACCGUCCUCGGGGUCACGCUCUGCGUUGCUGGUUCGUGAAGGAGAUGUGAUGAGAAACAGAGGAAGAGAACGUAUUCACAGGUAACCGCCGCAGCCCACGGGGGAAUUCUGGCCCAGCAGCAGACGCUUUGGCCCAGCUGUUCUUAGGAAGCUGCAUUUUGACACAUGGAUAUCCAGCAGCCUGUGUUCCCUGAGCGCUGGGGCUAACGAGGCCUGUUGUGAGGACACCCGAUUUAAUGUGUUAAGGGAUUUUUCCAUCCGCGGACGUUUCGAGGCAAGGAUGACUGAAUUGUCUUGUUCAGCACUGGAGGGAUAAUAAGUGGUUAAUAAAUGGUUCAAAAGGGA